AUGCCUCCUCCAUUUGAUAUGAUUUCUAAGAUGCAUCCUCCUAGAGAGGCUUGGAGGCUGAAAGUUAGGGUUCUAAGGCUUUGGGUUGUACCCUCUUUUGGUAACCAUGAGGUUCCUAACUCAAUGGAGAUGAUUCUCCUUGAUGAGCAUUGUGAAAAAAUACAAGUUACAGUCAAGAAACCACUGCUUAAUAGGUUUAGGGAUCAUAUAGUUGAAGGACAAGUUUAUAGAAUGGCAUAUUUUACUGUUGUGUCAAAUCAUGGUAGUUAUAGAGCAACUUCUCAUGAAUUCAAAUUGGUUUUCCUUCACCGAACCACUAUUGUAGCUGUUGAUGAAGAUGUCAUCCCUAAGACUUGUUUCAACAUGUUUCCUUUUUCUGAGCUGUUGAACAUGACCCAAGAUUAUGAUUUCUUAGUUGUUAAUAGAUUGUGUUUAUUUGGAAUAGAUGUCAUUGGUCUUUUAACUUCAGUCGGAGAAGAGAAAGAAUAUGCAAAAGAGGGAAAAUUUGUGAAAAUGAUUGCAUUGGAAUUAACUUCAAAAGAUCUUACAGUGCGAUGUGCAUUAUUUGGGGAUUAUGUUAAUCAAGUGAAUCAUUUCCUUGCCUCUGGCUAUGUGGAGCAGCCUGUUGUGGUGAUUCAGCUUGCAAAAGUCAAGUUCUUUAGGGGUCAAGUAGGUCUUCAAAAUGUGAUGUAUGCCACUCAAAUGUUAUUUAAUCCUGAUAUUCCUGAAGUUGUUGAAUUCAGGCAGAGUAUGAUUGAGCAAGGUGUCAAUGGUACCCAUCCGCUGUUUAUUGCAAAUGAGGGUAAAGUUCUCUCAUUGGAAGAUGAUUUCAUGCGUUUAACUAGAAAAUGCACUAUUGAAGAGCUUCAAGAUAACAAUCAGGAGGGUUCUUUUAUCAUUUUUAGUGCAAUUCAAGGUAUUGUUGAGGAUGGAGGUUGGUGGUAUUCUGCUUAUGUGUGUGGAAAGGGUAUCUAUCCUCAAAAUGGUGCAUAUUACUGUGAUUUUUGUUUGAAGCACAUAACUAAUGUCACUCCAAGAUUUAAAAUUAAAAUAACAGUUGAAGAUCAUACUGGGGAGGGUAUUUUCCUUCUCUUUGAUCGUGAGGCAUCUUAUUUACUUAAGAAAUCAUGUGCUGACUUGUUUACUGAGGUUCAAAGAGAUGCAAGUCUUAUAUGUGGGGAUACUUAUCCUCCCAUAUUCCAAGUGCUCAUUGGAAAGAAGUUGCUGCUCAAGGUUGAUAUCAAAGGUGUCCCACAUGAUACAUUUUAUGGGACUUUUCGAGUUAGGAGAAUUUGUGAUGAUUCCACCAUUAUUGCGAUGUUUGAACUACCCGAUUAUGACGCUAAUGACGAGUCUACUCCAAAAAAGGAGCAUGAUUUACACAAAUCUGUUCCUUGUGGAAAAGGAGAUGUUGGUAUUAAGAAGGAGUUUUCAGAUAGUUUUAUCAAAAGUGAGAAAGAUGCUGAUGAUGGUGAACAUGGAAAAGAAGAGAAAACACCCAGCAAUGAUACUGUUAGUGAUGAUCUUUCUGCUAAACUCGAUAUAUUGCUUAGCUCAGCAGAAAAAGAAACUCAGGAGGUGUUGUCCCAUGUUGUUGACGCAUCUUUGCAAUAUGGAGAGAAGCUUAUUCAUGAGAAUCAUGUUGUCACCUCCAAGGGUAAGAGGAAUUUGAAUCCUCAAUUUGAAGAGGCUGCUGUUGAUGUAGAUGGGCGUGGGUUCAAGGUUGCCAAGGUUAAUGGAGUUUGAUUGAAGGUGUGGAAUUGAGCUGCUGUGUCUAGGUGUAGGUGUUUUAUGUAUUGUAUAUCUAUAAGUAUUUAGGAAGGCUUGUGAUUGCAAAUAGGUGGACAUGUAAUCAUGCUAGCUGGAUGUUAUUUUGAUUUCACUUUUUUGGAUUGUGUCCAACAAAUAGGAUUGUCAGAUAUAGGGGUUUUCCUUUUGUGAUGGCUCGGGUAAUGUGCCAAGUUGGUCUAUUCUCAACUCCUCUUUUUGUAAUAGUGACUCUGCUAGGGAUUGGACACAUUUUCAAUAUUGUACCCUCUUUAUGUUACAUACUAGGAUAUGUGGUCAUAUGUUGGAAUACUCCUUAUCAUAGGGGUGAUAGCCAUAUGUAAUUGUCUAUAUCACUAUCA